AAAAUAUGGAGGUUUUACUUCAGCGUUUCAUUUUUAGUUGGAAAAUCAAGUCCCUCAAUUCUUUAGCCUUUUGGCAGGGGACGGCGCCGUACUGGUUAAACCCUUAAAACCUAAACCCUAACUUGUGUGCCAAUUCUUGAGCUAUAUAAACGAAGCGCAAUUUCCAUUUUAGAAACAAUAUAUUCAGGUCCAUCUAUUCAAGCUUCAAUUAAUGGAUAAGAACUUCCUAGCAACGGAUCUCUCAUCUCUCUCCGAGUCGGAUCAAGCCCGAAUUUCUUCGAUUAUCGACCAGAUGCAAACGCGCGACAGCCUUAGUUUGUAUAACAAGCUUUCACAAAGAUGCUUCGAUGACUGUGUAACAACCUUCUACCGUAAAGCACUAGGUAAGCAAGAAGAAAUUUGUGUGAGGAGAUGCACAGAGAAGUUCUUGAGGCUCUCAACAAGGGUGGCGAUGAGGUUUGCUGAACUCAACCAAGAUGGUUCGCCACAAUAGUAAAAUAAAAUGUCUCUAGGUAAGCAAGAAGAAAUUUGUGCAAGGAGAAUGCAAAGAAAUUCUUGAGGCUCUCAACGAGGGUGGCGGCAUCAACGAGGUUUGCUGAACUAAUUGAUGCUCAUUCUUUUUCUUGGUACUCUUUUAGGAACUAACAUAAUGCCAUGUAACACAUCCUUGGAGGAGUACAAAUAUUAUUGACUAGAGAAACGAGUUCAAUAGCGUAGAAAGGCUCACUCUUAUUUUUGUGUAUAUAAUUGCAGUUGAGAAAAGUAUUUGUAUGGAUUAUUAUGUUCAUUGAUAAAAUAAAACACUUGGUUCAUUUUUAA